UUCAUCAGACAUGGUUUGGGCUCUGCUUCUCCUGGUCAGCCAGCUGCCUCUUGCAGCGUCCAGUCCACAGCGUGUCACAGGGGAGUUGCGGAAGGAUGCGUGCGUGUGCCAGAUUAACUUCAGCGCUUGGGAUUUUCCAGUGCAGGAAUUUGAAGAGCUGCUGGGCCUGUUUCAGCAAUGCAGUGAGUCUCUGGAUGAACUGAAGACACAGACAAACUUGACCCAUAUCAAGAUGCCCCUGUUUUCAGCGGCCAUCAAGAACAUUACAGAGCACCUGAGUCAAUUUGAAUAUAUCAACAACCGAGGCCUGUACAACCCACUCAACUUCAGACUCCUGGACUACGAGAUGGGUGACCUGGGGACACAGAUUGCAGAUGCACACAAGAAGCAGGCCCUCGAUACUUCCACAGCACAGGAUCUGAAUGAUGAGCUGAGCUCCAUCAGGCUCAAAGUGCAGAACAUGCAGAAAUAUGACAAGUUUAACUUGCUGGCCUUAAGAGAGCACAUCAGAAAACUAAAGAAUCGACUGGAGUCGUGCCGCACCUACGACAAGACACAGCUGGAUCAAUGCUCCAAAGUUUUGCUAUCCAACAUCAGCUCUCCAGUUGUCACCCAGCUUAACCCUUAUGGUACAUCAUACCCCUUUGGUGCCUGGGGAAAGGAAAGUAGGCAUGGUAGCCCUGAAUUGUACUGGGUUCAAUCUCUGCAGAGUAGUAAUACGUAUGGCAUCACUCUGCGAACAUACUCCUCUUUUGAAGACUUUGUGAUGUCAAAGAACCACAAAGACAUCUCAGUGACGUCUUCCUACACCACUACCUAUUCCAUCCAAGGACCUGGUACAGUCUUAUACAACGAGUCCCUCUACUACAACUGCUACAAGUCCCCCAACGUCUGCAAAUUUGAUUUGAAAACCAAGACCUUCCAGCACAUUGCUUUGCAAGAUGCAGGACACGAUAAUAAAUUCCCCUACUGCUACUACUCCUGCUAUGGCACCACCGAUAUCGACCUAUCUGUCGAUGAGACAGGCCUCUGGGCUAUCUAUGCCACGGAGGAAAACUAUGGCAACAUAGUGAUUAGCAAGCUUGAUUCCUCCACCCUGGCCGUGGUGCAAACCUGGAAGACAAAACUUUUCAAGAAGUCAGUCUCUAAUGCCUUCAUGGUGUGUGGCGUACUCUAUGCCACACGCUACUUGAGCCCUAAGCAAGAGGAGGUUUUUUACGCCUUUGACACAGUCACUGGCCAUGACACAAAUACCCUGAGUGUCCCUUUUGAGAAGAUCUCAUCAGACAUACAGAAUCUCCACUACAACCCCACUGACCAGCGACUCUACCUUUUCAAUUAUGCAUAUAUGUUGGCCUAUGAACUUACAUUCUGAUAAGGAAAGCCUCAUAAGUUUGCUUCCAUAUAAUUGCAUUUGCUGUAGUCUCCUAAUUAUAAAUAACAUGCUAAAAUCGCAUUUACUGUACUGUGUAAUUGUCCAUUUAUAAAAGUUAUAACAUUUUACAAUAUGGGUAACCAUUGUUUCCAAGCAUUCAAUUGUCUGGUACUUUGCAAAUUCUGAAUUGAGAGAAGUGUGUCAGCUUUUUAUACUGUGAGCUGUAGAAGGCUGAAACAUGCCAAAAACUGCCAUAUUGUGUAUUCUGCUUUUUAUAUUUUAUAUAGAUUCAUACGGUCUGUAUCUUAAAUAUAAUAAAAUAUAUGGAGAAUUAAACCUUAUACAUGCAUAAACUUUAUGUAAUUACUAAACUGAGAAUGUACGAAACAAUGAUAAUACAUAAAACUAACAUUUGUAUUAUUAUUAUUUGAAUAAACACGUCAG